AUGACCAGAGCAGUUCCCAGCAGUGGAAAUGCUAAUUUGGGAAAUUCUCCUGGUCCCUUUGACCCUGCCAUGACCAACCCCACCACCACCGGCAAUGGUCCGAACAAUGCCCCCUCGGCCGCCGCCAACCAGACCCCGGGAACUGAGGGCCCCGGCACCGGACCAAACCUCGGUGACAUCCACAACAGGUAUGUACAGCAUGUACUCGAAUGUGCCAUCAUUGCCUCGGUCGAGAACGCUGCCCGCUCCCUCCAGGAAUCUCCCGGCCAACGCCGAUUCAACCUCGUGGCUGAGGAAUCCGAGAUGUCCGACGAGGAGGAGCUGGUCGACCAGACGAUCACUGCUAUCGGAUCCCACAUCACCAAUGCCGAUGACUCUGACGCCGAGGCCGAAAGUGCCUGGGACAGCAGUCCCUUGCUGGACCGCAUCAUUCUCUUGGACCAGGUCAUCUUCCAGGAGAUGAACACGGAAGAUGAUGGCCUGGACGAGGAUGAAGAGAUGGAAGGCGUGGAUUACUGGAGCCAGCAAUAG